UCAGUUUCUGAAGUUCUAGCUUACGCAUCGAUAGGGAUCCAUGUCUGAGAAAUAUAAAACUGGCGUGUUUGCCUCACUAGGACCGAUUUCUUGUGACGCAUUUUACAAGGCGGUAAUUCCGGCACCGAAGCGAAGCAGCAUCGAGGCGAAGCGGCACCGAGGCGAAGCAGCACCGAGGCGAAGUGGCACCGAAGCAAACCAGCACCGAAGCGAAGCAGCACCGAGGCGAAGCGGCACCGAAGCAAAGCAGCACCGAAGCAAAGCAGCACCGAAGCAAAGCGGCACCGGAGCGAACCAGCUCCGAGGUGAGGCAGUACUGAGAGGCAGCAUUAUCGAGACGCACCAACACCAAGGCAGCGGAGUACCUGGGCUUAGCGGUGAAUAAUUCGUUUCCAUCCGGAACGAAUUGGUCGACGGAGCGAUUAGGAGUAUUCGAUUCCAACCGGAACGAAUCGGGUAGCCGGACGAAGCUAGAUUAGACAACGCGUAUGAAAGCGGCCUUGACUCGAACCAACCGGAUCGAGUUGUACGAAAAGGGCACGGACUGACGGCGGUGGCGAUGGAGUCCAGUUCGACACUAGAUGACGACAAUGGCGCAGUCAUCCAUGUUGUGAGAGAAUCGAAGAAAGUAGUCAAGAAGCGAUUGAAAGCAGCUCUGGAAGAAAAUGACGCAUUAAGAGCACGUCUUGCUCAACUCGAGCAAGCAUCAGUUUGCAAUAAGCCUGAGAAUGAUGAAGAUAAUCAUCAACAGGAUAUUCAGAAUAGUCCUGUUGCCUUGAGAGAUGAUUCGAAUUUGCUCGCUACAAUGAAUAAUUGGACUUUGAGUACAAUUAAUAUACCAGAGUGUACUCCUUCGGAUGGAGAGACUGAUAUCGAUAAGAGUGCCUUUGAGUAUUGGAAAGACACAUUCAUAUCAUCCAUAAAGUUGGUUAAUUCCACUGACGAAGACACGUUGUUUGGACUUUUAAAGUCAAGGCUGGACCCAAAUUGCGGGAAAUCUACCAAACGACAGUAA